UAUUUAGAAUCCAAUUUCUUUUACAAUUCCUCACUCUUUCAGUUCAGUGAUAUAUAUAUAUAUAGACGAGUUAGGCAGCCAAAUUUGUGAUAUCCCUCUGUGAGCUUGAUAAUCGUCUCCAAUGGCCGCAAAGCAUUACGGUAAUACUUACGAUUUUGCUCCCGUCCACCCCAAAGCUGCUCCUGCUACCUUCUCCGCCGCUCCAGCUUCUUCUGAUAUGUCCCAGAGUUGGGGCAACGACGAUCAGAAACCAACUAAAACUUCACCGCCUUUGAACACUGCUGAAUAUUCUACUCACCCUUCUGCUAAAGGGAACCAGUUCACGCCAAGAGCUCAAACAGCACAUCCUUUGGAUCCAUUGGCAGCUGCUGAAAUUGCAGUUGCUGUGGCAACUGUGAGAGCUGCUGGAACAACACCUGAGUUGCGAGAUGGGAUGCGAUUCAUUGAGGUGGUUUUACUAGAACCAGCAAAAAGUGUUGUUGCUUUGGCAGAUGCGUAUUUUUUCCCACCUUACCAGCCAUCGCUACUGCGAAGAACCAAAGGAGGGCCUGUUAUUCCUAGUAAACUCCCUCCUAGGCAAGCUAGGCUUGUUGUAUACAACAAAAUGUCUAAUGAGACUAGUGUUUGGGUGAUUGAGCUCAGUCAAGUUCAUGCAGCGACACGUGGUGGACAGCAUAGGGGAAAAGUUGUUACAUCAAAAGUUAUAAAGGAUGUCCAACCUCCUAUGGUAUUUCCAUACUUAUAUUCUGUUACCUCAUGGAAAACUUAA